UCGCUCUCCUUCUUCCAUCUCCCCCGUGUCCCCCCUUUCCGGUUGGUGUGGUGUGGUGGCUGGCUGCGCGCAUCGGCAUCACCAGACAAGCAGACGCUCUCGCCCCACCAACCGCAGGCGCAGCCGCGCGACGCAGAGAUUUGAUAAGAGAGAAUGGCGGCGCCGUCGUCCCUCGCCUCCUCCCACCUCUCCCGCCUCGCCGACCUCCGCCGCGCCGCCGUCAACGCCGCCCCGCAGCAGCACCAGCUCCGCCUCGGAUGCUCCCGCCGCCGAGCGCAGCGCCUCGUCGCCAUGGCCGGAUCCGGCAAGUUCUUCGUGGGAGGCAACUGGAAGUGCAACGGAACAAAGGAAUCCAUCAGCAAGCUUAUCUCUGACUUGAAUGCUGCCACUCUCGAAAACGACGUAGAUGUUGUGGUAGCACCGCCGUUCAUUUAUAUCGACCAGGUCAAGAAUUCACUCACUGAUCGCAUUGAGGUGUCUGCUCAGAAUACGUGGAUUGGAAAAGGAGGAGCUUUCACCGGAGAGAUCAGUGCAGAGCAAUUGGUGGACAUUGGCUGUCAAUGGGUUAUCCUUGGUCACUCUGAGCGUAGACAUGUUAUUGGUGAAGAUGAUCAGUUUAUUGGGAAGAAGGCUGCAUAUGCCUUGAGUCAAAAUCUUAAGGUUAUGGCAUGCAUAGGAGAACUGUUGGAAGAGAGGGAAGCUGGGAAAACUUUUGAUGUCUGUUUUAAGCAGAUGAAGGCUUUCGCAGAUAAUAUUACAAACUGGACAGACGUUGUAAUUGCAUAUGAGCCUGUCUGGGCUAUUGGGACUGGAAAAGUUGCUUCUCCUGAGCAAGCUCAGGAAGUUCAUGCUGCUGUUCGUGAUUGGUUAAAAACCAAUGUAUCAGCUGAUGUUGCUUCUAGCGUUCGGAUUAUCUAUGGAGGUUCUGUAAACGCAGCAAAUUGUGCAGAGCUAGCAAAGAAGGAAGAUAUAGAUGGCUUCCUUGUUGGCGGUGCCUCUUUGAAGGGUCCGGACUUUGCCACCAUUUGCAAUUCGGUGACUUCCAAGAAAGUUGCGGCCUGAUGGAGAACGCCUCCAUGGUAGAAAUAAGUGAUCAGAGAGGCAGCUUUGCUACAAAGUCUGAGAUAGGUGUUCCCCGUGCGAAUCGUGAUCGUGUUCAGGUUUUGCUGAUUCUUUGCACGAAGAAGAGAAUAAUGCGAGAUGGCACCGUUUUCCUUCUCAUGGACCUUUUGUACGGAACGAGGAUUCGCUUUGUACGUGAGGUGUGAGCAGUCACUCACACGUGAAUUCUGUGGUCUGAUCCAUCCAAAAGUCAGACGAAUAGUCGAUGGUGUCCAUUACUUUCGUACCAACGUCACAACAGAUGACCA